AAGCCGGGGCGGUUUGAGACGGGGCGGGAGCGGCGGCGUUCCUCUGGGCAUGCUCAGUCGGAGGCUGAGCAGCGCCUGCUGAAGCGGAGCGCGGGCGGAGCGCGGCGGGCCAGUGCCGAGAGGGCUGAGCGGAGCUUGCGGCCCGAGCCGAGCGGAGCCGAGCGGAGCCGAGAGCAGCCGAGCGACGGUCUCGAGGAGACAUGCAGAUGAUGACUAGGAAGGUCCUGCUGAACAUGGAGCUGGAAGAGGACGACGAUGAGGAUGGAGACAUUGGUGAUGUUCCUGACUCCAGGAGACCUUUUCUGGCUCCUCAUACUCCUCUACCAUCCGGUCUGGUGCUGGAAAACUUUGAGCAGACAAUUGUCUGUCCUACCUUUGGGUCACUGGAGAAUCAGCAGGACUUCCGGACUCCAGAGUUUGAAGAAUUUAACGAGAAGCCUGACUCCCUCUUUUUCACCGAUGGCCAGAGACGAAUCGACUUCGUCCUCGUGUACGAAGAUGAGGACAAAAAGGAGAACAAUAAGAAAGGAACAAAUGAGAAACAGAAGAGGAAAAGACAAGCCUACGAAUCUAACCUCAUCUGCCACGGCCUACAGCUGGAAGCAACAAGAUCUGUUUCUGAUGACAAGCUUGUGUUCGUCAAAGUGCACGCGCCCUGGGAAGUGCUGUGCACCUAUGCUGAGAUUAUGCACAUCAAGCUCCCGCUAAAGCCAAAUGACCUGAAAACACGCUCGCCCUUUGACACCCUCAACUGGUUUGCCAAGGUCCUCCGGGUGAACGAGAAUGUCAUCAAGCCAGAGCAGGAGUUCUUCACUGCCCCAUUUGAGAAGAGCCGGAUGAAUGAUUUCUACAUCCUGGAUAGAGAUUCUUUCUUCAACCCUGCCACCAGAAGUCGCAUUGUUUAUUUUAUCCUGUCUCGGGUCAAAUACCAAGUGAUGAACAACGUUAACAAAUUUGGGAUUAAUAGACUGGUCAGUUCUGGAAUCUACAAAGCGGCGUUCCCUCUGCAUGACUGCAGAUUCAACUAUGAGUCGGAGGACCCCAGCUGUCCUAGCGAGCGUUACCUCCUGUACAGGGAAUGGGCUCACCCUCGGAGUAUAUACAAGAAACAGCCCUUGGAUCUUAUCAGGAAGUAUUACGGAGAGAAGAUUGGAAUCUACUUUGCUUGGCUGGGCUAUUACACUCAGAUGCUCCUUCUAGCAGCUGUGGUGGGCGUGGCCUGCUUCCUCUAUGGAUACCUUGAUCAGGAUAACUGCACUUGGAGCAAAGAGGUCUGUGAUCCUGACAUUGGUGGCCAGAUCCUGAUGUGUCCCCAGUGUGACAGGCUGUGCCCUUUCUGGAGGCUGAAUAUCACCUGUGAAUCUUCUAAGAAACUCUGCAUCUUUGACAGUUUUGGAACCCUGAUCUUCGCUGUGUUUAUGGGAGUAUGGGUUACAUUGUUUUUGGAGUUUUGGAAGCGGCGCCAGGCAGAGCUUGAGUAUGAGUGGGACACUGUUGAGCUACAGCAAGAGGAACAGGCCCGACCGGAGUACGAGGCCCAGUGCAACCACGUGGUAAUAAACGAGAUCACUCAGGAGGAGGAGCGCAUCCCGUUUACCACCUGUGGGAAGUGUAUCAGGAUCACCUUGUGUGCAAGCGCUGUCUUCUUCUGGAUCCUGCUCAUCAUCGCCUCUGUGAUCGGGAUCAUUGUCUACAGGCUGUCUGUGUUCAUCGUGUUCUCUACAACGCUUCCCAAGAACCCCAACGGGACAGACCCAAUCCAGAAGUACCUGACCCCACAGAUGGCCACAUCCAUCACAGCCUCCAUCAUCAGCUUCAUCAUCAUCAUGAUCCUCAACACCAUCUACGAGAAGGUGGCCAUAAUGAUCACCAACUUCGAGCUCCCGAGGACCCAGACUGAUUAUGAGAACAGCCUGACCAUGAAGAUGUUCUUGUUCCAGUUUGUCAACUACUACUCCUCGUGCUUCUACAUCGCAUUCUUCAAGGGCAAAUUUGUCGGCUAUCCCGGGGACCCGGUGUACUUGCUGGGCAAAUACAGAAAUGAAGAGUGUGACCCGGGGGGCUGCCUCCUUGAACUGACGACACAGCUGACGAUCAUCAUGGGGGGGAAGGCAAUCUGGAAUAACAUACAAGAAGUAUUGCUCCCAUGGGUUAUGAAUCUAAUUGGACGACGUAAGAGAGUCUCUGGAUCAGAAAAGAUAAUCCCACGAUGGGAACAGGAUUACCAUCUGCAGCCCAUGGGCAAGCUGGGACUGUUCUAUGAGUACCUUGAAAUGAUUAUUCAGUUUGGGUUCGUCACUUUAUUUGUGGCCUCUUUUCCACUGGCUCCCCUGCUGGCUCUCGUGAACAAUAUUCUGGAAAUAAGAGUGGACGCGUGGAAGCUCACAACUCAGUUUAGACGCAUGGUGCCAGAAAAAGCCCAGGAUAUCGGUGCGUGGCAGCCCAUCAUGCAAGGAAUAGCCAUCCUGGCCGUGGUGACCAAUGCCAUGAUCAUUGCCUUCACCUCAGACAUGAUCCCCCGUCUGGUAUAUUAUUGGUCCUUCUCCAUCCCUCCCUAUGGCGACCACGCUUACUACACCAUGGACGGCUACAUCAACAACACUCUCUCUGUCUUCAACAUCACCGACUUCAAGAAUACAGACAAAGAAAACCCAUACAUUGGGCUUGGUAACUAUACCUUGUGCAGGUACCGUGACUUCCGAAACCCACCUGGGCACCCACAAGAGUAUAAACACAACAUCUACUAUUGGCAUGUGAUUGCCGCCAAGCUGGCCUUUAUCAUUGUCAUGGAGCAUGUCAUCUACUCUGUGAAGUUCUUCAUUUCCUAUGCAAUUCCGGAUGUGUCAAAAAUCACAAAAAGCAAGAUCAAGAGGGAGAAAUACCUCACGCAGAAGCUGCUUCACGAAAGUCACCUCAAAGACCUGACCAAAAACAUGGGGCUCAUCGCCGAGAGGAUGGGAGGAGUGGUUGACAACAGCGUGCGGCCAAAACUCGAAUGAGCAGCAGCUUGAUGGCAUGAGAAGCACUUUAAAGAUAAUUAGCUGUCGGACGUGUUGUGAGUCACUCGAGGGGAUGGCGUCCAGCCUCCCAGGCAGGCAGAGUUUUUGCCCUGCCCAUUUCUGCCUGUAUCACCUUCCAGUUUCAGCUAGCAGUGCGGGAACUGGAGAACGGAAAACUUGGAUCAGGAAGGACAUAAAAAGCACCUACCUAGAGGACCUGAAUGCGUUCCCUCUUUUGAUUAAUUGGAAUUUUAGUAACAGGAAAAAAGCCUCGAGGUGUGCCCAAGUCCUCCUGAGGCUUUGCUUUUCUGACCUCAAGUGUGCAGAGCUCCUUUUCUGUGCUUAAUUUUGCAUUUUGCCAAAUCUAUCCCAGAACCUAUUUCGUCCGGACAGCACCAUCGCCAAAGACCAGGCAGACCUCAGCCUUAAUCACCUUUGUGUUAUCAAUGAUAGCCAGCUCAGGAUUGAGUUUGGAUGCUGUGUCAGGAGCCAGGCAAAGCCAAGAGUUCACAGUAUUUCAGUGUCUUACUACACCCCAAGGAAGGGGACUCCGCCGCAUAUGAAACAGGUUCUGUACCAUUUCAGCCUGUAUUUCCACCUCCAAGAAACACUCAUCUUAGAUUGACAUGAAGGUAGAGAGUAUUGAAUGAAGCCCGUCCCUGUGACUCCAUGGUAACACCUGCUUUCUAGCAGUGUUCCCAGCAUGCUCUGGGCUGGACCAAUGUUGACUGGCUUUCAGAUCUUAAGGGAGUAAGAUGAAAAGGUAGUAGCUCUUAUUGAUCUGAAUGGUUAAUUUAUCUCUUCUUGAUACGUAAGCGUCUUGGUAAAUGAUAAUCAAAUGAUUAUAACUGUAUUGUCCUCAACACGAUGGGCUGGGAAGCCCAUCAACUUCAUGAAAACUGUCUUAGCAGAUGCAGAAAGAAGGCACUACAAAUCACCAAGCGCCUUCUGCCUGUCUCGCUGAAAAGGCUGGUGCUCUGAUGACACUGGGCAUAGUCAGUGCAGCAGCCAACAACCCAAUCACUAGCCAUAUCCUGUGAUGGAUCCUUCUGUGGCUGAUGUCACUCACUGGGAAUCCUACCAACUUCUCUGCUUGCCACGGUAACCAGCUUCCUUACCGGCUCCGUCCGUUAGUUCGUUUCCUAGGCCUGCUAACUCAUUUGCAAUCACAGCUGUGCUGGAGACAAGUCUUCCUGGAUCAUUGCCCUUUGAGGAAGGAAACCCUGCGUUUAGUUUGAGCCCCAAGGCUCCUCUCAGGCCAUGAGGGAGUUAAGGGAAGGCUGGUUUAUCUGCUGGUGGCUUGCUGCUAAGCCUCAGCCUCCUGGUGCCUUUGCUCUCCCUGUUGCUUGGCUGAGCAGUUUCUCUGUAGUCUAUAUAUGCUCCGCUCUUCCUCCAGUACAUCCGGAGGAGACAAGGCGAUACCUCGCACCCUUGAUUGAUAACGGAGGUCAGUACUGGGUGAAGAAGGGAGGACCCGCCUCAUCGUUAGAGAUCAGGCCUCUGCUGGCUGGAGUGGUGUGAAAUGCCUCGGUGCCUAGGAGCCAAGCCAAGGAAAGUGAAUGGUUUUAGAGACUGCCUUCUCAAUGCUGAGCUGAAGCAGCUUCAACUCCAGGCCGUGGUUUGAAAUGUCCACCACGAAUGAUUUAGUAGAGAAUCAACAUGACUAAUCAAAGCAGUGUUCUGGGCUUUUGAGUAGCCCAGUGGGUCAGUGGGAACAUUUCCCCUCCUCCCUUGUACUGGGAGUCCAGGGCCCGCCAUACAGUGUCUGUCUGUGCUGAGAUAGAAAUGACUGCCUUCCUCCCUGAGGGAUCUUCUCACUCCACAGCUAAAACCAGUGCCACUCCUUGUCCCCCACAAGAAAACGUCAAAUAAAAAGUGCAUUUAUCCCUCUAUAGUCCCCAGCCAAGAAGUCCCUUCACAAUGUAGAAAGUGACACUGUAGACAGAGGAAGCAGAAUUAAAAAAAAUCGUGCUUCUCUGUAAGGAGCACUCCUGGCAUCUGAAGCUACCAGAAUGCUGAAUGGCAGAGGUGCUGUGAGCUGUAGGGUCCCAAUGGUGUCAGUAUCAUUCCUGUGAGGCCUGUGCCAAGGUGGUGAUGGAGAGGAAUAGGGGACACCUUUGGUGGCAGUGAAGUAGUUCCCAGCCCUAGAAAAACCAAGGGCAUGACUGUGGCCAGUGAGGGGAGAUCUGGCCACCCACCUGUCUAGCAUGAACCACUAGAGAAAUUCUAUCCUUUUGCAAUGCCCUUGCAUUUUAAUGGAUUAAAGCGGUAGACCCAAUACUCAGGGGAUUUUUCUUUCAAUGUUCCUCGGAUGUUUUAGGUAUCCCAUUAGAAGUAGAAGGCCACAGUUUGUCUUGAAAUUAAAUGAAGCCAUCUGGUAAUGAGUUUGUCACGGUUUCCCCUCUGCAGGGCACAUGGGUCUUGAGUUCCAUAGAACAUUCGUUUGUGAUGGAGGCAGAAUGGGGUGUGUUGGUUUCACACAUCUUGUGUGCUCCUUGUGUGCGUUCCUAUUAUGUUUGAAAAGUGGAGACAGAGAGCAUACAGCUCAGCUAAAAAGGACUGAGAUUCAUGAUGCUUCCUGUAUACUGUAUCCCUGGUGUAAUGUUUGUAACUGAUGUUUGUUAAUUUCUAUGCCUUUUACUAUUUUUUAAUUAAUGAGCAUUUUAAUAAAUUCAGUUUUACAGACAAUA